GGUUCUGAUUACUUCUUUCACCACUAGAUUAACUAUCGUUAAUAAAUGUAUUAGAUUACGAUGCUUUUAUUUUGUAUUGAACUCAACCUCUUAUUUUCCUGUCACGCUCCCUCGUCACUUCCUGUCCCAAACGAUCUCCGCUCCAUUGAUCAAAACAAUUAUAAAUAAGUAAUAAAAACAGUAAAGACUAUUAACUAAGUAAAAACUCCACAGUAACUAAAGUAUAACUAAAAAUAUUAAUUAAUUUCCCAUCACGCUCUGUCGUCACUUCCUUCCCAACCAAUCUCCGCUCCGUUGCUAAGGAACCAACCUGCUGCCUGGAUAACCGACACUCAGCACGUGGACAGCGACUCACUGACUCCUCUCUAAAAUACCGUAUAUUUAAAUACGUUAAAUUAACAAACACCACAACGGUCCAUGGCGAACCCGCACCGGACAAACGUGCUGGUGACGUCGUGUCUGAGUACGCCGGUAGACCCUCACACCAGAGCCCCGCUAGCGUCCUACGAGAGGCCGAGAGGUCACGGGAUCAACCGGGACCACGAGAAGGAGCUGGAGUACGAGGACUCGGGCUCUGACUUCUGUGAUGAGAUCUUUGUGGGGAGGGGCGUUCCUCACAUGACGACGGACGACAGAGCACCAGCAGACCGCCUCGACCUGAGCGAGAUCUUCUUCUCCAACGAGGAGUACUACAGCAAGCUGGAGGAGCUGAAGAAGGCCCACCUCCGCACCAUGGCAGAGCUGGAGAGCAUGUAUCGGCGGAAGCUGCAGCUCAAGGCAUUGGAGCCUCUGGACAUGACGGUGCUGGAGACCGGCAGGCACAGGCUCCCGUGGUCAGACAGCAGCCGGGCAGCUUCACGCCGUUUGAGGAAGUCGCACUCUGCUAUUGAACUCAGGAGGGGCUCCGGACAGUCGGACUCUUCAGACGAAGAUGAAGACGCCAUCAACGAUGUGGAAAAAUAUCUUCUUUUUUCCCCUAAAGAGCACAUCGGGAACAUGUGGCGCGACUUUAAGCUGUCCCCUCACAAUCACCACAUGUCAUCGUCCUCGCUGCGCAGCCUGCCAGCAGACCAGCGGACACAGGGAAAGGGAAAAGGGAGGAAGAGGCGGGACCAUGAAGACGGAGAGCAGGAUCUUUGGAAACACAGACUGACCAUCCCGAAACCGUUCCAGAUGAUGCUACGCGAGGCGGAGAGGCAAAAGCGCCGCACAAAGACGCGCGCAGAGAUCGAACAGGAGAACGCGGAGCUGCGACGGCAGCUGGAAGAGCUGACCGAGUGCCAGAGGAAGUUCCGCGCCAGCCCCGUGCCGGCUCACGUUCACCUCCCGCUCUAUGAGGAGCUGCAGGAGCGCAAAGAGGAACGACGGCGAACGAGAGAGCGAGAAGAUCAGCAUCCUCGAUCCAGCCAGAAGCCCUUCAGCUUCCUGGAGAGGGAGCGACUGAAGAAGGAGCAGAAGCAGCUGCAUCCCCAACAGCCAUCCAGCCAGGAGAAGGUCAAACCCUUCAAGGCCAAGCCCGUGCCCAAGGCAGUGUACGCAGCGGCGACAGGGGAGCAGAUGAAGGAGGAGCAGCUGUAUCGGUCCAUCAAGAUACAGAUGAGAGCGCAGAAGAUGCUCCACAGCGCCUCCAUGCCUCCCAGCAUGCUCGCACGGCGCAAGAAGACCAACGACGACGGCGCUGCGGCCGAAAGGGACGACAACUUCUCCCACAGGCCCCACAUUAACACAGAGGUGCCCGACUUCAACGCCAGCUACCGACGCUUCCAGAGACACCUGGAGAAACAAAAAGACGUGAAGCCCACGACCGCAUGUGAACCCUUUGAGUUGAGGACGUCGCGCAUCCCUUCGCACCGCGAGCGCAUCGUGGCCGACAUCGAGAAGGAGCAGAGCAGCCCUCGGAUGCCGCGCUGGCCGUACGUCAGCCCCGGGCCGUCUCGGAGGGCGAACUCAAGUCGGUGUUCGUCCCUCUCCGGCAGCCUGGAGGUCCUGCCUACCAAAGUCACAGACGCCAGCAAGAAGCGCGAGGAGGCCGUGAGAAAGGUGCUGGAGCAGAGGAAGAAGGCUGAUGAGGAGGAGGAGCUGUGGAAGGAAAGGCAGAAGCAGAGGGAGAAGAAGCUGCAGAGGGUGGUGUUGAAACGUGCCGAGGCCAACGACCCCCACCUGGCUCUCUCGCAGACACACCCGACCAAACUCAGAGAAUUCAGGAAACAAGAGCUUCAGCGCAAGAAGGAGUACCAGCAGGAGAUUAAAGAGAUGCAGCAGAGGGUGAAGGGGAGGCCGCUGCUGCUGGAGCAGGUCGCACAGAGGAACGCCAAGCAGGCAGCGGAGAAGCGCUACACAGACGCCCUGCACGGAUGUGAUCUGACCGAAGAGUUCAUCAGCAGCAAGGUGGCCAAGUCGGGAGCCACGCGCGAGACGUCCACGUCCAGUGACAACAGACACAGCGACCCAGAGGAGCCGGACAUGGGGUACAAACCCGUCCACUACAGAAAGCUCUUCCUGGACGACGGAGACGCGGAGGCAACUCCAGACCGACGGGAUGGAGGGAGCCGCAGAGCUCCACUGAGCCACCGCGACGGAGAGGACGACGAUGGCCGCUGUUCAGAAGAGAGCUGCCACUACUCGGACGAUCAUGAGAACUAUUCAGACGACAGCGAGCACGACGCCAGACAGCAGGAAGCCGGGUAG